AUGUUCAGGACACCGAGGAAAAGCGAUCGGGUGAACAAAGGCGUUCCACCCAAGAGAUAUGGAUUCGAAGAGUCUCCACACGAGGGGGAGGCUGAAGCGGAGAAUUUCCGCGAGACAGAGAAGUCUCUAUUGGAUCUAGAGAUCUCUGAAACCAGGAUGAAGCUGGAACUGAUCCAGCUGGAAAAGAAGAAGGCACUUGAGGCCAUGGGAAGUCGAUCAACUUCAACACCGAAAUUUUCACCCAAGUAUGCUCCGCGAAUUGAGCCAUUGGAUUCUGAUGACACAGAUGAUGAUCUGGAGACUCACUCUGCAGCUUCCCUGAGGAAGGAGUAUGCCUCAGACAUGAAAAUGUUCAUGUCAAGGCAAACUAUGAUGAAAGAUAUGAAAACCUUCGACGGAAGCUACCAGGAGUGGCCAAUUUUCUCCAGCUGGUGGAACAGCACAGCGACAGCGUGUGAAUUCACGCAGGAAGAGGCUUUGACACAGCUCGAAAAAUGCCUGAAGGGAGAUGCCCGGGAGACGGUUCAGUUCCUGCUGCACGAUUCGAGGAAUCUGCAGCUGAUUCUCGACAAAUUGGAGAAAAGGUUUGGACGUCCGGAAUUCCUCAUCAUGACGAUGAUGGAGAAGGUGAAUGAGCUGCCUCCGGUGAAGGAGGAGAAGCCUGAAUCCGUGAUGAAGUUUGCCUCAGCUGUGAGCAAUCUGGUGUCGUCCCUGGAGGUAAUGGGUAAGAGAAAUUAUCUUGAUAAUCCUCAAUUAAUGCGGGAAGUUGUGAACAAGCUUCCACUUUCCAUGAAAAUUCAGUGGUCAGAAUCAGAGGAGGCUGAGAUUGGUUCUUAUGUAACCAUGAAAACUCUUGCUGGGUGGUUGAACAAAAAAGCAGAGGCUGCUGUGAAUCGUAUGAUUCUCUGUGGGGAAUGUCCCAAGGGAAAAGACAAAAAUGGUCCAGAGAAAAAGUCCAAAGUCCUUGUUACAGCUGAGGCUGUUUUGAAGCCAUGUAAUCUUUGUAAUUCCACUGAGCACAUGGCCAAAGAUUGUGGGAGUUUUGUUAAAGCAUCUGUGGACCAAAGAUGGAAGAUUUUGACAAGCAAGAAGCUUUGCUUCCUGUGCUUGGGCAAAAAUCACAGUGCCCCUGAAUGUCGCAAAAAGCAAAAAUGUAAAAUCAAUGAUUGCGGCAAAAAACAUCAUGAGAUGCUCCACAAAGAAGUUGAACAGAGUGUUCAGCAGACUGAAGCAAAUCCCUCUACUUCAGUGACUGUAGAUGGCCAGGGAAGUAGCUCAGCUACUGUUAGUGGAAAUCAUGCCAGUAAUUCGGGAGGUCCGAAAGCAUCAGCUGAUGUUUCCGGAAAAGUGGUGCAUGUCAAUGCGCAAGCGACAGUACCGAGAAUGUUGAUGAAAAUCUUGCCAGUGUACGUUACAGGUCCCAGAGGAACUAUCAAAGUUUAUGCUUUCCUAGAUGAGGGAUCUACUAUUACAAUGGUGAAGGACACUUUGGCAGAUAGAAUGGGUUUGACUGGACCUAACAAACCGCUGAGAUUCCAGGGAGCAUCUGGAUUGCCACAAAUUGACAACACCUCGAAAAGUGUUGAGAUGAAAAUUAGAGGCACAUUUUCUCAUGCACGAGAAUACACCCUCUACAAUGUGAGAACUAUGAAAGGAAUGAGCUUGCCACAACAGACAGUGAAUGUUCAGAAAUUAGCCCAAGAUUGGAGAUUUUUGAGUGAGAGACCUGUCGAAGACAUGGUGGAAGCUGAACCAGAAAUCCUCAUUGGACUCGAUAAUGUGGCAUUAAUCACAUCCCGAGAAGUGAUACACGGUCCAUGGGAUGCCCCAUAUUUGGCUCGCACUUUACUGGGAUGGGUCAUUAUGGGGAAAGUCGCCAAUUCCACUGAGAAUGUGGAGAGCAAUUAUACAGUUUUGGACAUUGAACGUGCAGAUGAUUUGUACGAAAUGGUCAAGGAAUCUUUUUCCACUGAGGCUUUUGAAGUGAAGUCCAAUAUGGAUACGAUGUAUUCUCGUGAGGACAGAAAGGCUCUCAAAUACAUGGAGGAGAAUACGAAGAGGGCUUCAGAUGGACGAUUUGAAGCUGGCCUUUUGUGGAAAGAGGUUGAGUCUCCAAAAAUGCCCGAGUCACGACAAGCCGCUUUUAAGAGGCUUCAACACACUGAGAAAAAGCUGGAUCGUGACAAGGAUUUGGCUGAGGCUUAUUGCCAAAAGAUUGAUGAUCAUCUUCAAAAAGGUUACCUGAAGAAAUUGGAGGAUGUUGAUCGACAGAUUCCCAUGGAAAAAGUGUGUUGUUCUCCUGCCCUCGCAUCAUAUGCAAAAGAAGUCAAUGCAAGAGACUUCCAGGAAGAGUAUCCAGAAGCUGUGCAGGAGAUUCUUAAUCACACGUACUGUGAUGAUUACCUUGGCACAUCAGAGACAACGAUGGAAGCACAGAAACUAAUCAGUGAUGUAGUGAAAGUGUUCAAAUCCGGAGGGUUUGAUAUUGUGAAUUGGUGUGCUAAUGACAUGCAAGUGCUAAAAAAUUUAGCACAAGAUCAGCUGAGUGCAAAAGUGGUGAAUUUUGAGAGCAAUGUUUCCGAGAGAGUUCUGGGAAUGCUUUGGCUCCCAAGUGAAGACGUGUUUACGUUUCAAGUGAAUUUCCGACAAGUGUCAGCUGAUAUUCUCUCAGGAGAGAGACUCCCAACAAUGCGAGAAGUGCUUCGACUGAUCAUGUCGAUUUUCGACCCUUUGGGAUUCAUCGCAGUGUUUGCAGUGAAAGGAAAGAUUUUCCUACAAGAAAUGUGGAAGCAAAAGCUUGGCUGGGACACAGAAAUUAGUGGUGAUUUAGUGAUUCAGUGGAGGAAAUUCCUCAAAGAAUUAAAAGAAAUUGAAGAAGUGAAAGUGCCCCGAUGUUUUUCUGUGAACCUUCCAAAGGCUCACCUGAUUGAACUUCAUGUGUUUGGAGAUGCGAGUGAAAAAGCUUUUGCAGCAGUGGCGUAUUUACGCAUAGUGUUUGAUGAGGGCUCAGAUGUUUCAUUGGUGUGUGCACGGUCUCGUGUCGCUCCUUUGAAACAAAUGAGUAUUCCUCGAAUGGAGCUUCAAGCAGCAGUGUUGUGUGUGAGACUGGCCAAAACCAUCCGAGAGUUCUUAGAAGUGAGAAUAGACAAUGUAGUGUUUUGGUCAGACUCAAUGACUGUCCUAAAGUGGAUAAGAAACGACAACAGGCGCUUCAAAGAUUUUGUCGCGCAUCGCCUUGGUGAAAUCGAAGAAAACAGUGAAGUGAAAUCCUGGAGAUGGGUGCCAACGAAGAUGAAUGUAGCAGAUUUGGCUACUCGUGCGAGUACAAGUGAUCUUUCACCUGAAUCUGUCUGGUUUCGUGGCCCGUCGUUCCUGAAAAAAGACUCAAGCCAGUGGCCUGAAGAAAAGUGUAGUGAUUCUGGAUUGGAAAGUGAUGAAGUGGAAAUAGUGAAGACAAUAAUCAAGCCAAAAAAGGAUGUGAAAUAUCCACUUCCUGAUGUGAAAAGAUUUUCCAAGUGGUGGAGAUUGUUGAGAGCAACAGCUCAAGUGAGAAACAUUGCCAAUUUUUGGCUACAAAAAGUGCGUGAUCGUUUGAAUCACAACAGUGUUAAAAGAGUCUUGCCAUCACUGACCGUUGAGCAUAUUCGUGAAGCGGAAAGUGAGUGGUACAAAGAGGCUCAAAGUGAGUACCAUGGGUUAAGUCUAACCGACAAGAAAAGCAGAGUGUACGGCCUUUCGCCAUUUUAUGAUGACGAAGGUGUUCUACGAAUGAAUUCGAGGCUCACAAACAGUGAGUUUCCAGGCAAGUUUCCAAUUAUCUUGCCACCGAAGCACAAGGUUACCAGGCUGUUGAUUAUGGAAUCUCAUGAGCGUCAUCUGCAUUGUGGGCGUGAGCAAGUAUUGAAUGUACACAACCUGGAGAGUUCACGGACCGUGACAUGA